AUGGGGCUUUCACGUCCUAAAGAUGCCAACCCGUCCACGAGGUUUUAUGAAAACCCGGAGAUUAUAGCUACUUUCGAUCCAGUAAGAACGUGGCUUACAAGGAAUCACAAAAAGUACACCCAAACCGAACCACCAACCAACAAGAGUCUUGCCACGCUAUGCUUUCAGCUUUUACAGUUUCAGGAGUCAUCAUUACUACGGGCGGCCAAAUCGUUUGUCAAGCUACCUGCCAAGUGCUUCAUGGAUUUUAAACCUGGGGGAGGCCUAUGCCAUAUUUUCCUCACUUGCCUAAAGUUUCGGCAUGAACAUAACUGGAAGAAGAUAGAUUUUUCAUCAUCCUCGCGCGUAGAUAAGCAUAUUGAAAUGUUGACCUGCGUCGAGCGGGAGCUAAUAGCUUCAAAAUGCUGGGAGAAGCCUGUCGUGUACAUUACUCCAAUGGUCGAAAAGACCCUAGCACAACGUUUGUUGGAUGCUGCGAGACAACUGAACAUCUCUGUUGUGGAGGCGGCCUCGGAUGCAACGCACGUUCUUCACCCACCUCCCCCGAACUGGUCUGGCAGUAGUCAUGAGGAUUCAACUCUCCAGCGUUUCCGUGUUGUUUUCCAUGAAGGUCGUGGGGUUCUACUUCACUGGCUAUAUUCACCUGGGUCCUAUGUGACUUGGUAUACUGGUCUUCAGAUGGAGUGGCCCAGCGAAGUUGAACCGGCUCCCCAACCAGAGCCUGGCCGACCUUGGGAUGUCGACGCGCGUUGGUUGUUGUAUUCGAGCGACUACAAUGAUUGGAUGGUUGAGGAGGACUUCCUGACUUCUACAAGUUCUGUUCGUCCAAGGACUACCUAUUCACCUGAUGAAUUUGCUGCCGCCGCAGCAGCUGUGGCCUGCACGUCCGCGAGCAGCAACAGUUUGCAAUCAUCCACUUCUCAGUACGCAUCAACUGGAGUUACAAACACACCGACACCUAUCGAAUCGAAUUCGAAAAAGAAGAGACGCCGUUCACCUUCGCCUUCCGUUUCUGACCCAACCUUUACGAUUGGUUCUCACAAGAAGCGACGUCCUGGCUCAUCAAUCUCUGGUGAAAGAAGUGGCCGUCUGUCGGCCGGUCACAGCGGUCACAGAAAAGUGCGAAAAGAAGACGAAGAUGAGGCAUCGUGCCAGACGGUCUCGUCAGACGCGAUUCCAGAAGAGACUGAUCUAUCCAAAGAGUUCGAAGACCCAGAACCAACACACCGAGUGACUGCGGUGUCGGGAAACAGUAACGCGCAAGUUGUCUCGGGAACUUCCCGACCUAAUCGAGUAGGCCCGAUUACUGGUGACGUUACUGGUGGAAAGUCGAUAUUAUUUGACUUGGAUGAUGAAGACACUGGCGAUGGGAUUGAUGGGAUCAACGAUGUGCAUGCCGCAGGGGCCAAUGUUGAUGGCACCCCAGCUCCGAAUGUUGACGAUACGCGUCACCCCGGUCCAGCAGGUGGUGGGGCUCACACAGAUCUCAGUGUAACUGAACAAGCUCAUUGUAUUGUGAUUCCUUCAUAUUCCGCUUGGUUCGACUACAAUGCAAUUCAUGGCAUCGAACGGCGUGCCUUACCCGAGUUUUUCAAUGGUCAGAAUAAGAGCAAAACACCGGAGGUAUAUCUGGCCUAUCGUAAUUUUAUGGUGGACACCUACCGACUGAAUCCUCAGGAAUACCUCACGUUCACUGCUUGUCGGCGUAAUCUCACCGGUGAUGUUUGUGCUAUCUUACGGGUACAUGCCUUCCUGGAGCAGUGGGGCCUGAUAAACUACCAAGUAACAGCACCUCUGGCUGCAGCAACCGGUCUGAGUGGUGGAGCUCUUGGUGGUGCUGCGGAAGCCGCUCGUCUAGCCGUGGCCGCAAGUCUCGGACCACCUAGCACUGCACACUUCCACGUCCUGGCUGACAGUGCAAGUGGGCUACAGCCAGUCGGUGCGCAGAAUCAGGCUGCACUGGCUAAUACUACCGGCGUCGCAGGACAGCCGUCGACCGGAGUCGGAGAUACAUCCGACCUUAACAAGCCAAAUGUGAAUGCUAUGGGCAAGGAAAAUUCGGAACCCGGAUUACCCGUUAAUGGCGUUUCAAAGACAGAUGCUCAGAACAGUGAAGGCCAAACAAUGGCGGCCUCAACAGCUGCUGUAUCCACUUCGGCUUUGAGCAACUCAGCUGCGCCAAUUACUGCACUGUCCGUCACAACCAAACCUCCCGCAAGUGUUGGUGAUCCUUGUUUACGAACAGACCAGUAUUUGAGCUCACCAGCAAAUGUCGCUCGUGCGUUUGGAAGUCAAAGCUCCACAGAUACAAGCAAACCCGCAGCUGCUGCGGACGUAUCGGCAGCUAACGUAGGGACCAACGCAACCCUACUCAAGGGUGCAUCGCAAGGUGGUUGGACAGAUCAGGAGACCCUGCUUCUCUUGGAGGCUCUUGAACUCUACCGCGAUGAUUGGAAUAAGGUGGCCGAACAUGUGGGUAGCCGUACGCAAGAAGAAUGCAUCUUGCAUUUCCUACGCCUUCCGAUUGAGGAUGCCUAUUUGGAGGGUUCUGAUCCCCUAAUCAACCUUACGUCAUUGGCCAACGCUAGUCACCCGGUCCCACCAUUCUCCAAAGCUGCAAAUCCUAUUCUGGCGACGGUAGCAUUCUUGGCCGCGGCUGUCGACCCACGUGUUGCCGCUGCAGCUGCACAAGCAGCGCUGACGGAGUAUGCGAAGAUGCGCGAUGAAGUCCCUGCUGGACUGCUCCAGGAACACAAGGCCCGCGUUGAAGCAGCUGUGCGGCUCGGUCAACCUGUGGACCCGACCAAAUUCGGUUUGGACGAAGUGGGCAGCGGUAAAUCACUGGAGCAACAGGAUAAGAAAUCUAUCCCAGAAGAAGUUGAAAAGCCGGCUGAGUCUGCUCUGGAGCCAGAAGAAAAAGUUCAGCCACCCCAGGAUGACAGUGCACCAGGAGAAAAGCUUGAAGAUGAGGCAACGAAGGGACCCGAAACUAUCAAGGUUGAAUCUUUGGAGUCCGAAUCAAGUGUUAACACAGCUCCAUCUGAGGAAAAGGCCGAGGAGACCGCAGCUGAGGAAUCCAGCUCAUCAGCAGCAGUUGGACCUACGGAACCAACGGAGCCGAUGGAUGUCUCUACUGAGGAUCCUAAACAACAAUCGUCCGCCACCCCGGUAGAAACCACUGCAGACACAACACCACCGGAAGACGAACUGAGCACCGGCAAGUCUCAGCCCCAGAGCUGCCUCCCAUCGAACCCUGAUAGCCUAGGUACAGCCGCAGCUUGUGCACUGGCCGCGGCAGCAACCAAAGCACGUCACCUUGCCAGUGUUGAAGAGAAACGGAUCAAAGGCCUGGUCGCUCAGCUUGUGGAAACUCAACUGAAGAAACUGGAUAUCAAGCUCAAACAAAUGCAGGAGCUGGAAGCCAUCAUGGAACAUGAAUAUGAAAUGAUCGAACAAAUGCGUCAACAGCUUCUUCAAGAACGUCAAAUGUUCCACAUGGAAGUUAUUAAAACCAUGGAAAACCGUGCCAGGGCGUUGGUCCAUCAACAACAGCAAGCGAUUCAGCUACAACAACAACAGCAACAACAAGCGCUUGCACAACAGCAACAACAACCGCAUCCUCAGCAGUCUCAUCCUCCGAAUUAUAUACCGCCACCACAGGGAUCCUAUACCGUGACACAAUCCCCUCAUGCUCAGUAUACGCCCAGUCAAGCGCCGUCCUCCGUCCCUCAACACCCAGCCUAUAGCACAUUGCCUGGUUCUGCACCGUCUGUCAGUGUGGAUCAUCGCCCUCCCGGUCCUAACCCUCUGCCCACCGUGCAGGUAUCACCUGGUCCUCAAAUAGCAACGACGUCUCCCUCGCCUUCAGUGAGCUACCCAUCCACGCAUGGUGGUGGACAUGUUUCACCAACUCCUACUCAGUUGGUUCAACAUCACCCACAAGAUGGACAAUCAGCUGAUGUUUCCUGGCCCGGUGCAGGCUAUUCGUCAGCAGGCUCCAGUUCCCAAGGUCAACAUACGGAACAGCAGCCAAAGGAUGUUCGUUCUGCUGCUUUCGCUUCAGACUCUGUCAAUAUCGUGCCAUCUGGACAAAACGCUGGGAUUGCUUUGAAAGAAGGCGCACCACUUCCAACGCCUUCCUCCGUAGAACGAGAUGGUAUGCAGCCCGUCCCGGAACCUGCAAUUGUGAACGAGGUGGAUGAUGCAGAAAUCAAACCGGACGACUCCGAGACAAUAGCUCUCAUUGACCCAGGAAGCGGUGCUGAUUGUUUCCCGGAUGAGAGUGCUGGCACGCCUAUAUCUCCUCCUCAGGCCACCACGGAAACCAGUUUGACGACGGAAGAUGAUCCGAGCUCCUGUGCAACUGAAUUAGCUCCCAAUUAAGACUCGCGUCUCUUCCUUCUAUUUGUUGUCACUUUUUAUCGGGUAUUCCUAACUUUUUCCUUCUUUUCCAGUCGGUUAUUUCCCAUUGCAUCUGGUUUAACAAUGUGUAAUCACUAGGCACUGUAUGCAUUUCUGUUGAGCUCAUGUUGUAAAAAAACAAGUAUUGUUCUAUGUAUUCCCA